AUGCCGCGGCUCUUCGACGUGUGUCUGCUGUUGCUCGGCCUCCCGCUGGUCGCGUUUUCCGUUCAGCUAAGCGACAUCAGCAGAGCCAGGAAGCUGUGCGGCAGGCACCUACUGAAAGAAAUAGUCAAACUCUGUGGCAAUGCUAGCUGGAGCCAGUUCGAGGAGGAAACUCCCACACCGCUGCUCUCCCAGGCCACCGAGAGGGUUGACACCUUCAUCCCCGACCGCUUGGAAAGCUCCCAAACCGCUUUCCCGGUCUGGGGGAGAGGCACAAACCCAGUCCUUACUUCUGCCUCUCAGGAAGAAGCAAUAAAUAGUUUGGAGAUGCUGUCACUGCCUGAGUAUCAGUAUAAAAAGGCCAACUUGCCACCUGAUACGACAAGAAAAUUUUCCUCCUCACAAGAUAUCAAUUCAUAUAUUGAAGAGACUGUAGAAUUUCAGAAGAAAAAUACAAACAAAAUUAAAAUCUUAAGCAAUUUGUUUUGGGGGAAUCGUCCCCAAAGAAAACGCAGAGGAUACUCAGAAAAAUGUUGUCUUAAAGGAUGUACAAAAGAAGAACUUAGGAUUGCAUGCCUUCCAUAUAUUGAUUAUAAAAACUUAAAGCAAAAAGGAUCAUCAGUUGUGACUGAGAUAUACUAGCCAUCAUAGAAAUUAUACUAACUUAAUAAAAGCUUAAUAUAUUU